ACGGACCAGCUAAGGCCCACUUAAGCUCCGCAUAACCAUCUCGCCGCCGGCCGAGCCGCCUCCCUCCGCGCCGCCCUCUCACCAACCCGUCCCAGCGAGCGCUCGCGCGGCGGAGAUCGGCUGCCACCGCGGGCGGGAUAUCGCCGGCCAGGAAGCAGUUCCCUGAAAAGAAGAUUGUGCAACAGUCCAGGAACUCGAAGAUGAACAAGGGUAAAAUUUUUAAGUUAGCAAAAGGAUUCAGGGGAAGGGCAAAAAACUGCAUAAGGAUUGCUAGGGAGAGGGUGGAGAAAGCAUUGCAAUACUCAUACAGGGAUCGGCGCAACAAGAAGAGGGACAUGCGGUCUCUUUGGAUUGAGCGCAUCAAUGCUGGUACACGAAUCCAUGGGGUGAACUAUGGCAAUUUCAUGCAUGGAUUGAUGAAGGAGAAUAUCCAACUCAACAGGAAGGUACUUUCAGAGCUGUCGAUGCAUGAGCCAUACAGCUUCAAAGCUCUUGUCGACGUCUCUCGCACUGCAUUCCCUGGAAAUAGGCCUGUUAAGAAGGAGGGGCUAGCGAGUAUUCUUUAAAACAAACCUCCCCAAGUCUUGUUACAAUCACGUCUGAAUGAAACUGGUAUUGUUGCCUUCAGCCUGCAGCCGUACAGGAAACUCAAUGGCAGAUAUUGCAUUUGUAAUACUAUGUAAUUCUGUUUGGAAAGCUGUGGAAGAGAAACACCUAGUUACAUGUGUUCUUCUUACCUGUUAUUGUUGGUUUUUUUUGGAUAAUGUGCUCUGUUUACCUUGAUAAAUAUAACAGAAUGGAUGAUUAUCAUUGUUUUUGUA